AUGACUGUGGCUACCGUCUCUCCAAUUUUGCACAAUAUCGAUGACCUUGAUGGGUUUCUUACGAAAAAUAGACGACUAGAUUCCGAUCACAGUGAAAUAGCUUCGACAGAGAAGACUAAAAGGCAUUCCGAUCACAGUGAAAUAGCUUCGAUAGAGAAGACCAAAAGGCGUAAGAUAACAGACACCUCUAAUCAGGAAAUUUCAAAAGAAGCAAGACUUGCAUAUUACAAGAAAUCGAGUUCUUCUGGAGUGAGGUAUGGGUCCUUACACAAGGGGUUAGGGCUUAGUGAUGGUGUAAUUGAUCAAUUACGCAACCAAAACACUAACAAUCUAUUAUUGAACCAUAAGAAACUUCAUUUGGUUCUUGAUCUAGACCACACCCUGUUGAAUACCACUUCCCUUGAUAAGAUGUCACAAGACGAAGAAUAUCUGAAGACACAAACCCAAUCUGAUCAUUCCCUGCAACAUGUUCACAUUGUGGAUACUCCCAACAUGAAAGUGAUGACCAAGUUGAGGCCAUAUAUUAGGACGUUUUUAAUGGAAGCCAGUCAAAUGUUUGAGCUGUCUAUAUACACCAUGGGUACACAAGACUAUGCGCUAGAAAUGGCUAAGCUGCUUGAUCCUGCAAAUCAAAUCUUUGGGGGUAGAGUCAUAUCACGUAGUGAUAGCACAGAUGAAGAUCGGAAGGCUCUAGAUAACAUGCUUGCCCGAGAAUCUGCUGUUGUCAUCCUUGAUGAUACAAAAGAUGUGUGGCAAAAUAACAACCAGGAUAAUGUAAUAGUAAUGCCAAGGUAUCAUUUCUUUAAAUCUAGUUGUCAACAAUAUGGCAUCAGUUCUAGUUGUCAACAAUAUGGAAUCAGUAAUAGUAAGCCUUAUUCCGAGUUGAAGACCGAUGAAUGUGAUCGGUAUGGAGGAGCUUAUCUUGCAAGUGUACUGCAACUUCUUAGGCAUGUCCACACCAUCUUCUUUAAUGAAGUCGAGUUAAAGGGAUGGGAUCUCAUCGACAGAGACGUGAGGCCCGUCUUGAAAAUCCUUCAGAAGGAAGUGUUGAAGGGAUGUAAAUUAGUAUUUAGUCAUAUCUGGCCUUCAAAUGUGAAGGCUGACACUCAUCCUUUGUGGAAAUUGGCAGAGCAGUUGGGAGCUACUUGUUCGACACAAGUGGAUCCAUCAGUCACACAUGUGGUUGCAGCAGAUGCUCGAACACAGAAGUCAUGUUGGGCGGUAAAAAAAGGCAAGUUUUUGGUGAAUCCACAGUGGAUUGAUACUACACUUUUUAUGUGGCAAAGACAACCUGAAUAUAAUUUCCCAUGUCAAACCAACAUUAAGCAGAUCUAA